AUGCACCCCCGGAAGCUCCCGCCGUUACCUCACCUCACUCUCCGCUCCGCCUCUUCCUCUUCAGCCGCCGCCUCCGUUUCCCCACUGCCACCUAGAGGCCUCCCUCCCCCCGUCCCACUCCGCGACCUCCUCGCUCACCGCCUCCCGCCUCCUCGCUCGCCGCCCUCACCUCCACCGCCGCGCCCUCACGCCGAUCUCGUCCUCCUGCUCCGCCGCCGCGGCGACGGUAACUCUCCGGAAAACCUCCACGUCGAGCUCAUCAAGCGGGGGCUCAAUCAUGACCUCUUCUUAUCCAACCAUCUCGUCAACUCCUACGCCAAGGGCGCGCGCCUGGCUGCCGCGAGCCUGGUGUUCGACGAAAUGCCCGAGCGGAACGCCGUCUCCUGGACCUGCCUCCUCUCCGGGUACGUGCUGCAGGGCAUCGCCGAAGAGGCCUUCCGGGUGUUCCGCGCCAUGCUGCGGGAGGUGGAGCCCGGGUGCAGGCCCACGUCCUUCACCUUCGGGACGCUGCUCCGGGCAUGCCAGGAUGGAGGACCCAACCGUCUGGGCUUCGCAAUCCAGGUCCAUGGGCUGCUGUCAAAGACGGAAUAUGCGUCAAACACCACUGUGUGCAAUGCCCUGAUCUCAAUGUAUGGUAGCUGCACUGUUGGUCCGCCGAUCCUAGCGCAGCGGGUGUUUGAUGGCACGCCGAUCAGGGACUUGAUCACAUGGAACGCAUUAAUGUCUGUUUAUGCUAAGAAAGGUGAUGUGGUUUCAACAUUCACUCUGUUCAUGGAUAUGCAGCGAGAUGAUUCCAGGAUUCAGCUGCGCCCGACAGAGCAUACAUUUGGCAGUUUGAUCACUGCCACAUCUCUGUCAUCAGGCAGCUCGGCUGUGCUUGACCAAGUAUUCGUGAGGGUGCUCAAAUCUGGCUGUUCUAGUGACCUCUACGUGGGUAGUGCUCUGGUUAGCGCUUUUGCGAGACAUGGCUUGAUUGAUGAAGCUAAGGACAUCUUUCUCAGUUUGAAAGAGAAGAAUGCAGUUACCUUAAAUGGUUUGAUAGUUGGGUUGGUCAGGCAACACUGCAGUGAAGAAGCAGUAAAGAUUUUCGUGGGGACAAGGAAUACUGUUGUUGUUAACGCAGAUACAUAUGUUGUGUUGCUCAGUGCCAUAGCUGAAUAUUCUAUAUCUGAAGAAGGGCUGAGGAAAGGUAAGGAAGUCCAUGGGCAUAUGCUUAGAACUGGGCUUACUGAUCUGAAAAUUGCUGUUAGUAAUGGACUGGUUAAUAUGUAUGCCAAAUGUGGUGCCAUCGAUAGUGCCUCUAAAAUUUUUCAGCUAAUGGAAGCAACGGAUAGGAUUUCCUGGAACACCAUCAUCUCAGCUCUUGAUCAGAAUGGCAACUGUGAAGAAGCAGUUAUGCAUUACUGUCUUAUGAGACAAAGUUGCAUAAGCCCAUCAAACUUUGCAGUAAUCAGUUGCUUGAGUUCAUGCGCAGGUUUGAAACUUUUAACUGCAGGUCAGCAAGUGCAUUGUGAUGCUGUCAAGUGGGGUCUAGAUUUAGAUACUUCUGUUUCAAAUGUACUGGUUAAAAUGUAUGGAGAAUGUGGAGCUAUGUCAGAUUACUGGAAGGUUUUCAACUCUAUGGCGGAACAUGAUGAAGUUUCUUGGAACUCUAUGAUGGGUAUCAUGGCCAGUUCACAAGCACCUAUUUCUGAAACUGUCGAAGUUUUCAACAAUAUGAUGAGGGGUGGUUUGAUCCCAAAUAAAGUAACAUUUGUAAAUUUACUUGCUGCUUUAUCUCCAUUGUCCGUUCUUGAAUUGGGGAAGCAGGUUCAUGCUGCAGUGCUGAAGCAUGGAGUUAUGGAUGACAAUGUGGUAGAUAAUGCACUCAUAUCAUGCUAUGCAAAAUCAGGAGAUAUGGAUUCCUGCGAGCAUCUGUUUUCUAACAUGUCUGGCAGAAGGGAUGCCGUCUCCUGGAAUUCUAUGAUUUCAGGUUACAUCUACAAUGGCCAUCUACAGGAGGCUAUGGAUUGUGUAUGGCUUAUGCUACACAGUGGCCAAAUAAUGGAUUGUUGCACUUUCUCCAUUAUACUAAAUGCGUGUGCUUCUGUGGCAGCAUUGGAGCGUGGAAUGGAGAUGCACGCUUUUGGUAUUAGGUCGCACUUGGAAUCAGAUGUCGUGGUUGAGAGUGCUCUUGUUGAUAUGUACUCCAAGUGUGGUAGGGUGGAUUAUGCCUCUAAGCUUUUCAAUUCCAUGACUCAGAGAAAUGAAUUUUCAUGGAAUUCUAUGAUUUCUGGUUAUGCAAGACAUGGUCUUGGAAGGAAAGCCCUUGAGAUAUUUGAGGAAAUGCUGCGCAGCAGAGAAAGUCCAGACCAUGUCACUUUUGUCAGCGUCCUAUCUGCAUGCAGUCAUGCUGGAUUGGUGGAAAGAGGUUUAGAAUACUUUGAAAUGAUGCCGGAUCAUGGUAUACUACCUCAGAUUGAACAUUAUUCCUGUGUCAUAGACCUUCUCGGUCGAGCUGGUAAGAUUGACAAGAUAAAGGAGUACAUACAAAGAAUGCCAAUGAAACCUAACGCUCUCAUAUGGAGGACUGUUUUAGUUGCUUGCCGACAGUCAAAAGACGGGUCUAAGAUUGAUCUGGGGAGAGAAGCUUCAAGGGUGCUUUUGGAAAUAGAGCCUCAAAAUCCUGUAAACUAUGUUCUGGCAUCUAACUUUCAUGCAGCUACAGGAAUGUGGGAAGAUACAGCCAAAGCCCGAGCUGCAAUGAGGCAAGCAACAGUGAAAAAGGAGGCUGGUCGCAGUUGGGUAACCCUAAAUGAUGGAGUUCAUACUUUCAUCGCUGGCGACAGAUCACAUCCAAACACCAAAGAAAUAUACGAAAAGCUGAAUUUUUUGAUACAGAAUAUAAGAAAUGCCGGUUAUGUUCCCCUGACAGAGUAUGCCUUGUAUGAUCUUGAAGAAGAAAACAAAGAGGAGCUGUUGAGCUAUCACAGUGAGAAGCUAGCCGUUGCCUUUGUUCUGACUCGUUCCUCAAGUGGCCCAAUAAGAAUAAUGAAGAACCUUCGGGUUGGUUCAGUACCAGUUCCUAACCUUUCAGGUCAUACCACAUUGCCAGAUGCUAGGCAUACUUGGGAAUACAAAUAUUUAGGUUUUACUUCAAGUGCACAGUGGAAUCGGGGGCUAGUCGCAAUUUUGAACCUUGGCGUGAACAGGACGAGGCAGCAGACAGAAAAGAGGAAAAGGGAUGCUGAGGAGGGUGAUGCAAUGAAAGAGAUGGAAAAUAGAGCAAUGUAUUCAAAGCAGGAUAUGGACAUUCAUGCUGCUUUGGAAGAGAUGCGGUCCAUGAAGGAGGAAAAAGCAAUUGCAGAGCUUGAUGAAGAACUUUAUCAAAUCAAUCACUUUUCAUGUAAUUCUCCAUCUCUGCACCGCAAUGCUGAUUAA